AUGAUAUGGGCAGCAGCCUGCGCGGCUUUCUUUGGGUUUUUGAGAUCAGCCGAGUUCUGCUCCUCAGCCCUCCUCCUAUCAGACGUGGCAAUCGACAACCGGGAACAUCCCACGACGAUAUCACUGUUCAUCAAAUGCUCCAAAACAGAUCAGUUCCACCAAGGUACGAAUAUUUAUCUUUCAAAAACUGACACCGACCUCUGCCCAGUAACAGCAAUCAAAAAGUAUUUAACUUUGCGUCAGCAGCCAGAUGGCCCGCUGUUUAUCUCACAGCAAGGCGUCCCCCUUACCAGAGAGGUAUUCAUCACAAAGGUUCAAGGGGCGCUAAGCCGAGCCGGAGUGAACCCAGACUUCUACAAAAGUCACUCCUUUCGAAUCGGCGCAGCAACGACAGCAGCGGCUCAGGGCAUCAGCGAUUCCAUCAUUAAAACACUGGGUCGAUGGUCCAGUGACGCCUUUCAAGCUUACAUCAAGAUACCGAGACAAGAUUUUGCAGAGAUCACGAAAUCGCUCGUGACUGGUCGGAACACUUAA